GUGGAGUUGUGCAGGGCAGCUUGAGCCAUCAGCACACAUACACAACAGUGGUGACUCUGGUAGCUUAAACCAUGUUGGUCUGAGGUUGUUGUAGCUGGAAGCAUGGCAGGGACAGACGUACUGACAGCCAGGUUUUUUGCCUACAACAAAAUGUACAGUUAUGAUCUGCGGGAGCAGAGUUUUGCAGACUGGCCAUUUAGAGAGGAAUGCAACUGCACACCUGAAAAGAUGGCCAAGGCUGGUUUUGUCCACUGUCCCAGUGAGAAUGAACCGGACGUGGCUGGCUGUUUCUUCUGUCUAAUCGAGCUCGAAGGCUGGGAGCCAGAUGAUGAUCCCUGGGCUGAGCAUGCAAAACGCUCCCCUAGCUGUGGAGUCUUAUCCAUGAAGAAAGACUUCGGUGAGCUGACUGUGUCUGAAUACUGUCAACUGGAAAAAGACAGGCUGAAGAUCUACAUUAGGAAGGUUUGUCAUAAGAAGUUGGCAUUCAUGCGUGAUGACAUAGAUCAAAAGCUUGAGGGACUAAAAUCUCAGCUGAAGGCAAUAUAGUAGCCGCUACUCAUCAGUUAAAUGUGGAAAAUACUUUUUUUAUGUCAUGAAAUUGCAUUUUAAAUUAGAAUAAAGUUUUUGUGGAGCCAAA